AUGGCGCUGCCUAGAGGGGCUCGCGCGGCGCCUGUGGACCUGGCGGCCCUCGUGGCUGCGGCGGUCCGAGGAGCCGUGGACGGCGGCGCGCCGCACCGCACUGUCGCCGCUGUGGCACGUUCCGCCGUGUCGGCCGCCGCCUUCGCGGCGCGGCCGAUUCCGCGGGAGCCUGCCGAUGCGGGCGACGGGGCGCCGUCAGAGGCGUGCAGGGCGGCGCGCACUGGAGGGGAAGCUGCGGCGAUGGAGGAUGCAGCGGUGGCGGGUGUCCUGCCGCCAGCUGCGCCCCCCGCUGCCGCUGGCAGCCUCAACAUGGACGUCGACGGCGGCUUCGAUGACGACGUCGGGUUCGACGACGCCUGGGCUGCCAUGGCCGCGCCGAGGCUGGAGCUGGACGCGGCGACGGUGGCGGUGCAGCGGCGGCAGCGCCUGCGGCGGCUGGUGCCGCGCUGGCGCCGGCGGCGAUUGGAGCAGAUGGUGCAG